AUGGUUUCCUUCACCCAGCUCUUCACUGCUGGCCUCGUUGCCACCUCUGCCAUUGCCGCCCCAGUGCAGCAGCAGGCCAAGCGCACCAUCUCUAGCAAGCGUGGUGCCGCCUACAACGACAUCAGCACCGUCUCCGUUCUGACCAGCAGCAACACCGUCUCCUGGGCUUACAACUGGGGUGCCUAUCUCUCUGGCUCUCUCCCCACCGAUGUCGAGUUUGUCCCCAUGCUCUGGGGAGCCAGCGGCUUCGCCGGCUGGGCCACCGCCAUCGAGACCAUCCUGUCCAGCGGUAGCAACUAUAUCCUCGGGUUCAACGAGCCCGACAUGGCCUCCCAGGCCAACAUGAGCCCUACUGAUGCCGCCAGCUACUACCAGACCUACAUCACCCCGUACUCUGGCCAGGCCAAGCUCAUCACCCCCGCCACCAGCUCCUCCACCACCACUGGCCAGGGUCUCGACUGGAUGAACUCCUUCCUGGACUCUUGCUCCAGCUGUGGCAUCACCGGCAUGGCCGUCCACUGGUACGGUACCACCGCCGAUGAGUUCAUCUCCUUCGUCACCGAGGCCAUCAGCACUGCUAGCAACCACAACCUCUCCGAGGUCUGGAUCACCGAAUUCGCCCUUGCUGCUGAUGCCAGCGGCACUUCUGACCUGGCUACCACCACUGCGUUCCUCAACGAGGUUGUCCCUUGGUUGGAUGCGCAGACUGCUGUCACUCGCUACUCUUACUUCAUGUGCGCCGAGAACUACCUGCUGUCCAACAGCGCUCUCAACGAGGCUGGUGUUGCUUACACUUCCACCUCCAACUAA